AUGGCUGAAUGGCAUGUGUCUUUCGAGGGUAUACUUGCCCUUCAUCAGAGUGGAUUUGUGGCUGCCUCACUGAAAUCACGUCGAGAUAUUCUGAGAACAGUCAGGGACAACAUCAUUGCCCAAAAUAACUCAAAGGAUGAACCGCUUGAGUUGCCAAAGGCAUUGAAAAAGGCUAUCAGACGUUACUACUGCCAAUUCUUAACCGAUGAAGACGACAUACUGGCAGAAGAGGAACUUUUGGGAGACGAGCCCGAUAAUGAGAAGUUUGGCCUAUCCCCUGAGGAGAGGGAAGCAGCAGCCCGUCCUAAGGAUGCGGGCUUCUACAAGAAGGAAGUUAGUGACUGGGAUGUUGCGCAGAAGCUAUUUAAGCAGGAGAUCGAUCAGUACGAUAAGGAGGAGCAAGUGAAGUUAGGGGCAAAGAACGAAAUCAAGUAUAGAACUGGCCAUGCUAGGGAAUGGUUCAGAAACAUGACCCCUGCGCAGAGGAAGGAGGUUGAGGAUGCACGGGAAAAGUGGAAUAGGGAAGGCGCUCCUCCUGAAUCACAAGCCAUGUAUCGAAAGAGGCACCUCAAAAAAUACCUUGAUGACUUCACCAAACAAAUGCAUCGUACCAUGGGAUGUCGAGUUGUGAUCCUAGCCAGUCACAAGAAACCUGCAGAUCAGACUUUGAACGUCAUCGUUAAUGAGUCAAAUCCUGUCAAUAGUAAAAAACCUUUUACCCAGAGUUCUCAAGGAAAUAAGCAGUGGACGUCGGAGGGUUUUGAAAAAUAUGCAGAAUGGUCAAAGUUGGAAUUUUAUCCAGAGGAAAACGACGACGAUUCAGAUAAAGAAGACAAAGACAAAGACAGUGGCCUACCUGAUCUCAUUUUGGACAAUAACGGCUAUGCAAAGCUUCCCUCCCGAGCUGGUGUUCCUACCAGAGGGCAACAGGAAUUGGUUCGUCAAAUAUUCCGUGCAUCUUACAAGGUCUUAACCGACACUUCCAAACCUGUACCUUGGCGUGAGGUGGUGGGAAACCCCACUUUGUACCUUGAUCCCGAUUCCCUUCCCAAAGGCUUCAUCUUGAGAGACCCGUCUCAUAUGAGGGCCGAAAAUGUCAAUCAGCUAUGGACUCAUUGGGAGGGUAGGAAGGCUGCAAAGAAGCCUCUGGUUAUUUUCAUGGCUGCUAAAAUUGGUGAUAUGAGCAAGAAGCGCCUUGAAAAUGCGGUUCCCUACCAGGAGAAAACUAAGAAGAAGUAUGUUGAAAUCGAGCCAGCCAAGACUUCUAGCACCACUGGGGGAGCCAGUGCACGUCCUACAUCUCGUAGGAUGAGGCCGGCCGGGUCUGACCCCUCUGAGGACGAGUCGGCUGGAGCAGCUCCCACGUCACGUAGGAAGACGUCGGCCGAGCCCCAUUCAUCUGAAGAUGAGCCGGCCGGAGCAGCCUCCACAGGACGUGCUCCCAGACCAGCCACCCGGCAGCUGGGUGCGCCAGCAGCUGUGCCCAUCAAGGAUCGCAUUCAGUUCUUGAAGUCCCUCAGCAACAACAAUGAAUACCUGCUUUUAGUUGAGGGUAUCAGAGACUUUGGCAAGGAACCAAGCCUGAAGGAGCAAAAGGAAUGGCCUGCCUGGGCAACUUGGUCCUGGGAGGGGUCUUACCUUCCGAGUGGCGUGCACUCUGUUGAUGGUGAUGUGCACAAGUUCUUGCAGAUAGCUGAGUCUGUCAAGAUCAGUGGCUUUUCGUCUGCGAUGCGAGUCACCCUAGGUCUUGGGUUGCUGCUCAGGGAGUGUAAACGAGCCAUCGAGGAUGAGGUCACCUUCAAAACCCCAGCUUACAUUAGCUCAUCUUUCUUGGAUAUCAAGAUUCUCGACCUGGUUGUAGAGGCGGUUAAGAAGGUCAGAGAUGGGGCUAUGCGUCUGCUGAAGGCAAAGCUCGUUCAGCAGGAAAGUGCUAUCGUUGAUAAAGCUGUGGUUGGAGAAGGUAGUGGAGCUGAUGAUGGUAUGGACACCACUGCAGACGGUGAACAGGGAGUGACCGAGGAGAAGCUGGCGGACGAGUUGAAGAAGCUUGAGGAGGAGAAUCGCAGGAGCCAGGAAUUGAAGCAGGAGCUGGAGGCAAAGAGGCUUCAGUUGAAGGAGGUGCAGGAGGUAAACAGUCGUCUGGCAAAAGAGAUGGAGGAGAAUGAGAAGCGAGUAGAAGUGGAAGAGAAAGAGAAAGAGAAAGAUGACAAUGAGGAGGAGGAGGAGGAGGAGGAGGAGGAGGAGGAGGAGAUGAAAGGGAAGAAAAGAACAAAGUUCGGCAGAUCUCAAAAGCCAUCCAAGAAGGUCAGUGGUGAUGUCCGUCGAUCUUCGAGAUCUAGACAGCCCACUAAGAAAGCUAUGAAGCAUUAA